AAACUGCCUCUUUGGGAGCCAGGACUGGUGAGGAUGAACUUACAGAGCAGCAGUUGAGGGCAACCUCAGAAGAACAGAGUGAAGAGGCAGGAGGGGUUCCGAAACCUACUUCAGUGACUGAUGAGGAUGAGACGGAAACACAGAGAGACAAUAAUGAAGGCAAAAGCUCUAAUAAAGACCCUGGAAUAAUCACCCCAGAGAAAGAACUGAAAGUCAAUGUAGCAGGGGGCACACAGCCACUCUUGCUGGCCAAAGAAGAGGACACAGGGACAAAAAGGUCAAAACCUACAGAGGACAAUAAAUUUUGUCAUGAACAGUUCUAUCAGUGUCCUUAUUGCAACUACAAUAGUAGGGACCAAAGUCGGAUCCAGAUGCAUGUCCUGUCACAGCACUCUGUACAGCCAGUCAUCUGCUGUCCCCUCUGCCAGGAUGUCCUCAGCAACAAAAUGCACCUACAGCUGCAUCUGACCCAUUUGCACAGUGUGUCUCCAGACUGUGUGGAGAAACUGCUUAUGACAGUGCCUGUCCCUGAUGUAAUGAUGCCAAACAGUAUGCUACUGCCAACAGCUGCCCCUGAGAAAUCAGAUCGGGACCCACCUGCAGCCAUGUCAGUAGAGGGUUCUGGAAAAUAUUCAGGUGAAAGCCCAGUGGAUGACAAAAGUAUAGUAAGUCUGGAGGAUUCAAAGGCCAGUGUGGAAAUAAAGAGUGAGGAGCAGAAACCAGCAAAGGAGCCUAUGGAGGCAUCAGAAUGGAAUAAGAACAGCAGUAAGGAUGUGAAAAUCUCAGACACUCUGCAAGAUCAACUGAGUGAACAACAAAAAAGGCAGCCCUUAUCAGUUUCUGACCGCCAUGUUUAUAAGUAUCGUUGUAAUCACUGUAGCUUGGCUUUUAAAACUAUGCAGAAGCUUCAGAUACAUUCCCAAUAUCAUGCAAUUCGGGCCGCUACAAUGUGUAACCUCUGCCAGCGGAGUUUCCGUACAUUCCAGGCUUUAAAAAAACACUUGGAAGCAGGCCACCCUGAACUGAGCGAAGCUGAACUCCAGCAGCUAUAUGCCUCCUUGCCUAUGAAUGGUGAACUCUGGGCAGAGAGUGAAACGAUGCCCCAGGAUGAACAUGGCCUAGAUCAGGAAAUGGAGAGAGAGUAUGAGGUGGACCACGAAGGGAAGGCAAGUCCUGUAGGAAGUGACAGUAGCUCUAUUCCAGAUGACCUGGGCUCUGAACCAAAGCGGACCUUACCUUUUAGAAAAGGACCCAAUUUUACAAUGGAAAAGUUUCUUGAUCCAUCUCGUCCUUAUAAAUGUACAGUGUGUAAAGAAUCAUUCACCCAAAAGAAUAUUCUCUUGGUCCAUUAUAAUUCAGUGUCUCACUUGCAUAAGUUGAAAAAGGUUCUGCAAGAAGCCUCCAGUCCUGUCCCCCAGGAAACCAACAGCAGCACGGAUAACAAGCCCUACAAGUGCAGCAUCUGCAGUGUUGCGUACAGCCAAAGCUCGACCUUGGAGAUCCACAUGAGGUCUGUGCUCCACCAGACAAAGGCCAGGGCUGCAAAGCUGGAGCCAAGUGGGCACCUAACCGGUGGGCACAGCAUCACAACCAGUGUGACUAGCCCUGGCCAAGGGAUGUUAGAAUCCAUGAGCUUAGCUUCAGUCAACAGCAAAGAUACCCACUUAGAUGCCAAAGAAUUAAGCAAAAAGCAAACCCCCGAAUUAAUCUCUGCUCAGCCUCCCCAUCAUCCACCGCCACGGUCACCAGCACAAAUCCAGAUGCAACUUCAGCACGAGUUGCAGCAGCAGGCUGCGUUCUUUCAGCCACAGUUUCUCAAUCCAGCAUUUCUGCCUCAUUUUCCAAUGACCCCAGAGGCACUGCUCCAGUUUCAGCAACCCCAGUUUCUCUUUCCGUUCUACAUACCUGGGGCAGAGUUUAGCUUGGGGCCAGAUCUGGGCUUGCCCAGCUCUGCAGCAUUUGGGAUGCCAGGUAUGACAGGAAUGGCUGGUUCCUUGCUUGAAGAUCUGAAGCAACAGAUUCAAACACAACAUCAUGUUGGCCAAACUCAGCUUCAACUUCUCCAACAACAGGCACAGCAAUACCAAGCUGCUCAGCCCCAGCUGCAGCCGCAAAAUCAGCAGCCGCCCCCACCACCGCAGCAGCCACCACAACAGCAAACAAGCAAAUUGUUGAAACAAGAGCAAGGUAGCCUGGCAAGUACAGACUGCCAGCUCAUGAAGGACAUGUCAUCUUACAAGGAGGCAGAAGAUAUGACUGAAAAACAAGAAAAACCAAAGCAAGAAUUUACAAACGAAAGCGAAGGAUUCAAAGACAGCAAAGACACAAAGAAGCAAAAGUCCUUAGAAGCCUGUAUUCCUCCACCCCGAAUAGCCUCCGGGGCCAGGGGAAAUGCAGCCAAAGCUUUACUGGAGAACUUCGGUUUUGAGUUGGUCAUUCAGUAUAAUGAGAACAGGCAGAAGGUCCAGAGGAAGAGCAAAAUCGGGGAAGGUGAAAACUCUGACAAGCUGGAGUGCGGAACGUGUGGUAAAUUGUUCUCUAAUGUUCUUAUUUUAAAGAGUCACCAAGAACACGUGCAUGGGCAAUUUUUCCCAUACGGAGCACUAGAAAAAUUUGCUCGCCAAUACAGGGAGGCCUAUGACAAGCUUUAUCCAAUUUCUCCUUCCUCCCCAGAAACCCCCCCGCCUCCACCUCCGCCUCCGCCUCCUCCCCUGCCACCUGCACCCCCACAGCCCUCUGCUCUGGGGCCAGUGAAAAUCCCAAACACAGUCUCUGCUCCUCUGCAAGCUCCACCACCUACUCCUCCACCACCUCCACCUCCCCCUCCUCCACCGCCUCCUCCACCUCCUCCCCCGACUGCUCCCCUCCCUGUCCAACUGCCUGUUUCUCUUGAUCUCCCCCUCUUUCCCUCCAUUAUGAUGCAGCCGGUCCAGCACCCUGCACUUCCCCCUCAGCUUGCCCUGCAGCUGCCACAGAUGGACACCCUCUCUGCUGAUCUCACUCAGCUUUGUCAACAGCAGUUGGGGCUAGACCCCAGCUUCUUAAGGCACUCCCAAUUCAAACGGCCACGGACCCGGAUUACAGAUGAUCAACUGAAAAUCCUGAGAGCUUAUUUCGACAUCAAUAAUUCUCCAAGUGAAGAACAGAUCCAAGAAAUGGCAGAGAAAUCUGGCCUCUCUCAAAAAGUCAUCAAACACUGGUUUCGAAAUACACUCUUUAAGGAACGACAGAGAAACAAGGAUUCUCCAUACAACUUCAGUAACCCUCCUAUAACUGUUUUAGAAGACAUCAGAAUUGAGCCACAACCCACAUCUUUAGAACAUUACAAAUCAGAUGCCUCAUUCAGCAAAAGGUCAUCCAGAACAAGGUUUACGGACUACCAGCUUAGGGUUCUGCAAGACUUUUUUGACACAAAUGCUUACCCAAAAGAUGAUGAAAUAGAACAGCUUUCUACUGUUCUCAACCUUCCCACUCGGGUUAUUGUUGUAUGGUUCCAGAAUGCUCGUCAGAAAGCACGGAAGAGCUAUGAGAACCAAGCAGAAGCUAAAGAUAAUGAAAAAAGAGAACUCACCAAUGAACGGUAUAUUAGAACAAGCAACAUGCAGUACCAGUGUAAAAAGUGCAACGUCGUCUUUCCCAGGAUCUUUGACUUGAUCACACAUCAGAAAAAGCAGUGUUAUAAGGAUGAAGAUGAUGAUGCCCAAGAUGAAAGUCAAACUGAAGACUCCAUGGAUGCCACUGACCAAGUGGUCUAUAAGCAUUGCACAGCAUCUGGCCAAACAGAUACAGCCAAAACCACUGCAGCCCCAACAGCCAGUUCUGGCUCUGGGACUAGCACACCUCUGAUUCCAUCUCCCAAACCAGAACCUGAGAAGAACUCUCCAAAGCCUGAAUAUCCUGUAGAAAAGACAAAGCAGAGUGACCCCUCUCCUCCUCAAGUCACCAAGUCAGCUCCCCCAUCAGUAGUGACUUCUUCAGAUUCGCAGCAGGCAUCCAUAUCCCAGCCUCCACCACAGCCACCCAAACAAACCCAACUGAUUGGAAGACCUCCCUCCGCCUCUCAAACUCCAAUCCCUUCCAGUCCACUGCAAAUUUCCAUGACUUCUCUUCAAAACAGUCUACCUCCACAAUUGCUCCAGUACCCGUGUGAUCAGUGUACCAUUGCCUUCCCGACCCUGGAACUUUGGAAGGAACACCAACACAUGCACUUCCUCGCUGCUCAAAACCAAUUCCUUCACUCUCCAUUCUUGGAAAGACCCAUGGACAUGCCCUACAUGAUAUUUGACCCCAACAAUCCACUGAUGACCGGACAGCUGCUGGGGAGCUCUCUCACACAGAUGCCACCACAGACCAGUCCUUCCCACCCCUCGGCCCCCGCCAGUGUUGCUGCUUCCCUUAAAAGGAAACUGGACGAUAAAGAAGAUAAUAAUUGCAGUGAGAAGGAGGGCGGGAAUAGCGGGGAAGAUCAGCACCGCGAUAAACGCCUGAGAACCACCAUCACUCCGGAGCAGCUCGAAAUACUGUACGAAAAGUACUUGCUGGAUUCCAAUCCUACCCGAAAAAUGCUUGAUCACAUUGCACGAGAAGUGGGGCUGAAGAAGAGAGUGGUGCAAGUAUGGUUCCAGAACACGCGUGCUCGAGAGAGGAAAGGGCAGUUCCGAGCUGUGGGUCCUGCCCAGUCCCAUAAACGGUGCCCAUUCUGCAGAGCUCUGUUUAAAGCAAAGUCAGCCUUAGAAAGCCACAUUCGCUCGCGCCACUGGAAUGAAGGGAAGCAGGCAGGUUACAGCUUGCCACCAAGCCCCUUAAUAUCCACAGAGGAUGGGGGAGAGAGCCCACAGAAAUACAUUUAUUUUGAUUACCCAUCUUUGCCAUUAACUAAAAUUGAUCUAUCUAGUGAGAAUGAAUUGGCCUCCACAGUGUCAACGCCUGUUAGUAAAACAGCAGAGCUGUCUCCGAAGAAUCUCUUAAGUCCUUCUUCUUUCAAAGCCGAGUGUCCCGAGGAUGUCGAGAAUUUAAAUGCCCCUUCCGCUGAGGCUGGGUAUGAUCAGAAUAAACCUGACUUUGCCACCACAGGAGAUGAGGGGGCAGCAGAAAUAGAAAACACAGGAGGAUCAGGGGAGGUGAAACCAGCUUUGUCUCCUAAAGAAACCAAAACUCUGGACUCUUUGUCAAAACCAGCAACCACACCCACCACCGAGGUCUGUGAUGACAAGUUUCUCUUUUCUCUCACAAGUCCAUCGAUCCAUUUCAAUGACAAAGAUGGUGACCAUGACCAAAGCUUUUACAUCACCGACGACCCCGAUGACAAUGCUGACCGCAGCGAAACGUCUAGCAUAGCUGACCCCAGCUCACCAAACCCAUUUGGGUCUAGCAACCCCUUUAAAUCCAAAAGCAGUGACCGGCCAGGUCACAAGCGCUUCAGAACACUGAUGAGCAACCUUCAACUCAAGGUCCUCAAGGCUUGCUUCAGUGAUUAUCGGACUCCAACCAUGCAGGAAUGUGAAAUGCUAGGCAGUGAGAUUGGUCUGCCCAAGCGCGUGGUGCAGGUGUGGUUCCAGAAUGCCAGGGCAAAGGAAAAGAAGUUUAAAAUUAACAUAGGAAAGCCGUUCAUGAUCAAUCAAGGUGGAACGGAAGGCGCCAAGCCAGAGUGUACCCUCUGCGGCGUGAAGUACUCUGCCCGCUUGUCCAUCCGAGAUCAUAUUUUCUCCAAACAGCACAUUUCCAAAGUGAGGGAGACCGUGGGCAGUCAGCUUGACCGGGAGAAAGAUUACCUAGCUCCCACCACCCCACAGAACAAAGAAGCUGAGAAAAAACAAAUCAAGCCAAACAAGGUCAAAAAAAUCAAAGAGGAGGAAUCGGAGGCCAUUAAACCGGAAAAGCAUCCUAAAAAAGAGGAAAAAAUCUCAUCUGCUCUUUCAGUGUUGGGCAAAGUGGUAGGGGAAACACACAUGGACCCUACUCAGUUGCAGGCCUUGCAGAAUGCCAUUGCUGGUGACCCAGCAUCCUUUAUAGGAGGACAGUUCUUGCCAUAUUUUAUCCCUGGGUUUGCUUCCUAUUUUACACCUCAGCUCCCUGGAACAGUGCAGGGAGGCUACUUGCCACCCGUGUGUGGCAUGGAGAGUCUUUUUCCCUAUGGUCCCGCAGUGCCUCAGACGCUGGCGGGCCUGUCCCCAGGGGCGCUGCUACAGCAGUACCAACAGUAUCAGCAGAGCCUGCAGGACUCUCUGCAGAAACAGCAAAAACCACAGCAAGAACAGCAGCAGAAACCAGUUCCUGCCAAGACAGCCAAAGGCGAGGGCGAUCAGCCACAGAGCUCCACUGAGGCUUCGGAAAUGAAGGAAGAAAAAAGUACAGCCCCUGAAAGCACAAAAGAGCCCCAGUUAGAGUCCAAAAGCGCAGAGUUUUCAGACACUUACGUUGUUCCAUUCGUCAAGUAUGAGUUUAUAUGCAGAAAGUGCCAGAUGAUGUUUACUGACGAAGACGCUGCAGUAAACCAUCAGAAGUCCUUCUGUUAUUUCGGUCAGCCUUUGAUUGACCCUCAAGAGACAGUGCUUCGCGUCCCAGUCAGCAAGUAUCAGUGUCUUGCCUGUGACCUGGCUCUCAGUGGGAAUGAAGCACUUAGCCAACACCUCCAGUCAAGCUUGCACAAAGAGAAAACAAUCAAACAAGCAAUGAGAAAUGCCAAAGAGCAUGUUAGAUUAUUACCUCACUCAGUCUGCUCCCCUCCUCCUAACACCACAUCUACCUCGCCGUCUGCAGCUUCUUCUAAUAACACCUACCCUCAUCUCUCUUGCUUCUCCAUGAAGUCCUGGCCUAAUAUCCUUUUCCAAGCAUCCGCCAGGAAAGCUGCUUCGUCCCCUUCUUCUCCUCCCUCCCUCUCCUUGCCUUCAACGGUUACCUCAAGUUUGUGCAGCACCUCAGGGGUUCAAACCUCACUACCCACAGAAAGUUGUUCAGAUGAGUCUGACAGUGAGCUGAGCCAGAAGCUACAAGACUUAGAUAAUUCUUUGGAAGUAAAGGCUAAGCCUGCUUCUGGCCUAGAUGGUAAUUUCAAUAGUGUCCGAAUGGAUAUGUUCAGUGUGUAGGAGUGAAGACAGGAUCCCGUGCUUAAAAAAAAAAUUAAAAAUAAAAAAAUUAAAAAAAAUAAGACUUUAACUGCAGUUCCAAAGCUUCUCUAACCCAAAAAUUACAGUACCAAAUGAUUGACUCAGGAUUGUUUUUCCCAUAUUGAUAUGCUGGCAAUAUAGGAUGGUAUGUAAUGAAGAGAACUGAUGCAGAUGGUUGAAUGCGCUUGUAAUAUAUGCUAAAAUAUGGAAAAGGAAAAAUAAUCUCACAAGUUCUUUCAGAACUUGUUUCAAGCCAAAAACUCUCAAGAAAGAAAAUUGCACCUCAGCUGGAUUGAUUUCCAAAUGCCAGCAUGGACUGUAUGGGAGGACGAUCCGGAUGUUUCAAAGAGAACUUCUCUUAGUUUAGUUAGGUGUAAUUCAGUAGCUUUAAAUUCUCAGGUCAGAACAUAACAUUUCUCAUUUGUUAAAAGCAGCAAGAAGCCUGGUAAAACUGUGACUUUUCCCCAAAUGUCAAUCUUUAUUAGAAAGCAUUUUCUAGGUGUGUUUAGUGUGCAAAGAGACUCUACGACCCUCACCGGACAACACCCAGCUCGCUGAGCUCACACUGCAGGAUAGUACAGUUUUACCACAGAGGAACUCUACAACAGUGGACUCACAUGUCUGCCCUGUGUAUUGCAGUUUGUGUUGCCACAAGCUGUAUUUAUACCAGUGUCAUCCCUUUCUUGUAGAAUAUACUAAUAAUCUGUGCCAACUCUACCUUCUCACUUUUACCUCUGUGUCAUUCUUUUUUUCUCAAAGAGGUAAUAAUUCUAGUUUUGAUAGACUCUGAGGAUCAUGUGAACAGGACAUUUUUCAUUUGUGAAUUUAAUGCUAUAUUGUCAAGGUACUUGCUUGUGUCUGAACUCUAGUGCACUUAUGAUUUUGUAGACCAUGUGGAAUUUAAUAAGAUGCUUUCCCCCCUCCUUUCCUUGUGUGUAGUGCAGCAACAGUUUGGUCUGCAUUUGUUAGAAGUUUAACUCCUAACAACCCAAAGACCUAUUUAACAAUUGGUGCAUAAAUGAAAGUAGUACUGUAUACUUGAAACUGUUUAAGUACAAGUUGAACAAAAAUUAUUAAAAGGUAUAUUUGCUUCUCGGGAAAGCAAAGAAGCUGCUUUAAAAAAAUUAAAAGGGGACUAAAAAUUUGUUUUGUAUAAAGAGGUUAGCCCUGCGCACGUAGGACUGAAUUCAGUGAUAUCCCUAUACACUGCCAUUUAGUGGAUAGGUUAUUGUACUUCCAUUCAUACUCUGGGCACUUGUGUUAUAUUGUUCUGUUACACACUUUUGUUUAACCUGUUUUGUUUUUUAUCAUAUAUGCAUUAAAAGUAUUAUCUUUAUCAACA